CAUUAACUCUUCAUUCUUACUGAAAACAAGUUAAAUACUGAUCUCUACUAUAUUUUUUCUAGAGUCCCUUAGACAUGACAGAAUUUUCAGAGCUAUUCUCCAGUAGCUCAGCAGGGUGAAGAUUUUUGCCCUGCUGCCCAGGCACUUUUGGAGUCAGAGAGUGCUGAGAUUGACCUCAGAGACUUCCUUCAGGUGAUAGAUCGGAGGCACCAGGGACAGGUCCAGUCAGACCUCCCCCCUGGUGGGGUUCAUUCUCCUGGGCCUCUCAGCCCACCCAAGGCUGGAGAAAACGUUCUUUGUGCUCAUCCUGCUCAUGUAUCUGGUGACCCUGCUGGGCAACGGGGUCCUCAUCCUGGUGACCAUCCUGGACUCCCGCCUACACAAGCCCAUGUACUUCUUCCUGAGGAACCUCUCCUUCCUGGACAUCUGCUACACAACCUCCUCAGUCCCUCUCAUCCUUGACAGCUUCUUGACCCCCAGAAAAACCGUCUCUUACUCAACAUGUUUUGGGCAAAUGUUUCUCUCCUUUACCAUGGGAGCCACAGAGUGUGUGCUUCUGGGCAUGAUGGCGUUUGAUCGCUAUAUGGCCAUCUGCAACCCCCUGAGGUACCCCAUGGUCAUGAGCAAGGCUGCCUACGUGCCCAUGGCUGCUGGCUCCUGGGCAGCUGGUAUCACCAACUCUGUAGUUCAGACAUCCCAGGCUGUGAAGCUGCCCUUCUGUGGGGACAAUGUCAUCAACCACUUCACCUGUGAGAUCCUGGCUGUCCUGAAGUUGGCCUGUGCUGACAUCUCCAUCAAUGUGAUCAGCAUGGUUGUGGCCAAUGUGAUCUUCCUGGGCAUCCCAGUUCUGUUCAUCUUUUUCUCCUGUGUGUUCAUCAUCGCUACCAUCCUGAGGAUCCCCUCAGCAGAGGGGAGGAAAAAGGCCUUCUCCACCUGCUCUGCCCACCUCACAGUUGUGCUUAUCUUCUAUGGGACCAUCCUCUUCAUGUAUGGGAAGUCCGAAUCCAAGGACCCCCUGGGGGCAGACAAACAGGACCUUGCAGACAAGCUCACCUCCCUCUUCUAUGGGGUGGUGACCCCCAUGUUCACCCCAUCAUCUACAGCCUGAGGAACAAGGGUGUGCAGGCUGCUGUGAGGGACCUGGUUCAUGAGAAACGCCUAACUGAGUGACCGUCACAGAUUCUCAGACUGCCAGAGUGCAAGGCCUCCAAACUCCUC